UUUGGUCUGCAUCCGAAACAUAACCCCGAAAUCUUUCGCCCUCGCCCGCCGAGCUCUGUCUUAAAUUGAAGCCUGGUGAGCUCGGCUGCGCAAUAAUGUCUGCCGAAUCCAGCGUUGACGCCGCUGCGCCGACGCUCAUCCUCAGCCCCGAAGAGAAGCGAGUAUAUGGGCAACUAUUUCACGAAGCUGACAUCGAAGGUGCGGGUAUCGUAACGGGUGAUGUGGCAGUAAAGUUUUUCGAGAAAACCCGACUUGACUCACGUAUUCUUGGUGAGAUCUGGCAAGUAGCGGACAAUGAGAACCGAGGCUUUUUGACACCUGUUGGCUUUGGACUCGUCUUGCGGCUCAUCGGCCAUGCCCAAGCUGGACGCGAACCAACUCCUGAACUGGCCAUGCAGCAGGGUCCUUUGCCGCGAUUCGAUGGGAUCAAUAUCAGCGCCGCCCCCGUACCGCCGCCGCCGGCUCAUCCACCGCUACAGGCACAAGGAACUGGUAGCGGGCCCAUACGAAUACCGCCUUUGUCGCCUGAGAAGGUCGUUCAAUAUGCUACCGUCUUCGAGAAGCAGAGUCUACUGCCAGGCGGCAUACUACCCGGCGACCAAGCAAAGAGCAUAUUCGAGAAAUCGGGACUACCUAACGAAGUCUUAGGACGCAUCUGGCAGCUUGCCGAUACGGAGCAGAGGGGCGCCCUUGUUGCAACCGAAUUCGUCAUUGCCAUGCAUCUUCUUAGUUCUAUGAAAGCUGGUGCUUUGAGAGGCUUACCGAAUAUUCUCCCUGCUGCGCUUUACGAAGCUGCUACACGACGCACCCCUGCACCGAGGCAGAGCCCAACGACUACAGGUCCGCCUAUAUCUGCUAUACCGCGACAGCUGAGUGGACAAGCUCAAAUGCGAACGACCAGUCCACUAGGAAGACCGCCGCUGGGCCCCCCUCCCCCAGGCGUACCGGCUCAGGUGACUGGGGGUGACUGGCUUGUCACGCCAGCCGAAAAAUCAAGAUUCGAUCAGCUUUAUACCGAAUUGGAUAAACCAAAUAAGGGAUUCAUCACAGGCGAGGAGGCAGUCCCUUUCCUAAGCAGGUCCGGCCUGCCCGAAGAUGCCUUAGCCCAAAUUUGGGAUCUAGCAGACAUCAAUUCGGAGGGUCGGUUGAACCGGGACACCUUCGCUGUCGCCAUGUAUCUUAUUCGCCAACAGCGAACCAGGCGAGAUAUUCCUCUACCUACGGUGCUUCCGCCGAACCUUAUCCCUCCGUCUUUACGAACUCAAUCCCGUGCCCCUAUCGGUCCGUCACCAUUUGAUGUUCCAGCUCCUUCGCCCCCGCCGCAGCCGCCUCAACCUCAACCACAGCCGAAGUCCGCCAUUGAUGAUCUGUUUGGUCUUGACGCAUCACCUAGCCCUGCUCCAGCUCAAAUUCCGGUAUCGACCGGUGGCUCAGCAACGAGAGAUCCCUUUGCUAGUGGUCCUCCAGGCUCGCCAAUCCGAACGUCUCCCACAGUCAACACAUUUAAACCAUUUAUUCCGUCCUCCUCAUUUGGCAAAACUUUGACUUCUCAUGAUACCGGAGGUUCCGCCGGAUCGGGUCAAGCUCAACGCAGCCCCGUGCCCGUUUCCGCAUCUACUAUGGAAGACCUUCUCGGUGACAACGAUCCAGAAAUUAGCAAGAAGCUAACUAGCGAGACUGCCGAAUUAGCAAACUUGUCUAACCAGGUGGGAUCUUUAUCGAAGCAGAUGCAACAAGUUCAAGGACAGCGCGGCUCCACUCAAAAUGAGAUCAACCAGGCUAGCGAGCAAAAGAAGAACUUCGAACAGCGAUUAUCUCAACUACGCGCCUUGUAUGAGAAGGAGGCUCAAGAUGUUCGAUCCCUAGAAGAGCAGCUUAGGAACAUACGCGAAGAGACGAAGAAGCUUACUAACGAAUUGAUAACAAUUGAUGGCACUUACAAAGACUUGCAGAGCCAACACCACCAAAUUUCACAAGCUCUCCAGGCCGAUCAGCAAGAGAAUGCGACUCUCAAGCAACGUAUCAGCUUUGUCAAUACCGAGAUUGCCCAAUUAAAGCCGCAGAUCGAGAAGUUAAAGUCAGAAGCUCGACAGCAAAAGGGAAUGGUGGCUAUCAACAAGAAGCAACUUUCUACGACCGAGGGCGAGCGAGACAAGCUGAAGAACGACGUCGAGGACCUCACAAAGAGCAACGAGGAACUCUCUCGUCAGGUCAACACCGGAUCGCCGGUUGCAACCUCUGCUCAGCUAGCGAGCCCAGCACCGUCAACCGCCAGUGCGAACAAUCCCUUUUUUAGGCGAACAGGGAGCACGGACAUAAUGGGUGCGUUUAGUUCACCUCCUCCUGUUAAACCCUAUGGCGAAAAGUCGUUUAAUGACAUAUUCGGCGACUUCGGGGGUGACAGCACAUCAUCGGCCCCAGUGACAUCGUUCAAGCACCAAAACACCGGUACUUCUACGGCUAGUAUUGGGUCUUUUGCUACCCCAACUAGCUCUACACCAACGGUGAGUCGCCAGGCCACCUUGACUGCCGAACCCCCUGUACCAACUGAACCGCGGCAGCCUAGCCCGAGCUUCGGACCGUUCGGCGAGGCAUCCGAGACCCUUGCCCCCUCACGCCAAGUUUCGCCUCCUGUAAGCAGGUCUGGUGAGACCGCCCCAAUUCCUUCCGCUUCCACUCCGGCUCCGGCCCCGAUGGAGGCAAUGUCCACUGGCCAGAGUUUUACAUCAAAAUCUGAUACAAACCAGAAGUGGACACCGCAGAGUGAAGAGAGACCAAAAUCCCCUCAGGAUGGAUCCAUUCCUGGGUCAUUCCCAGACGAGACACCAACUGCACCUGCUCCGACUACACCAUAUGGGGGCAAUAGGGACAGUGAUCUGUUCGGGAACUUGAAGGAUAAUGGCAACGCAAAGGUAGAUUUUGACUCGGCCUUUGCGAGCAUGGCCAGCUCUUCAGGCAAGGCCCAAGAUAAAUCGACCAAGGAUACUUCUAAUGCAUUUUCAACUUUUAACUCGGAGUUCCCUCCUAUCUCCGAGCUAGAACGAGACGACGAGUCGGAUUCUGCCAGCGAGGGAAACCGAUUUGAUGAUGACUUUGCACCGGCAUCCCCAGCCGAUAGGAAGACCGAACCCAAGGAAACACAACAGGCUCCGGCUUCUCCCGCGGCAUCAAAGGCAAGUGCGGCCGCAACCGACGGCCCAGACAUAGCAGCUGCGGGAUCGCAUACAUCCCACCCAUCUAAUGACUUAUCGGUGUUUCCCGAGCCACCGAAAGCUUCCCCGUCCUUCUCUUCCGCAUCUCAGGGUGGAGAUUCGUUCGCUCCAACGCCAACAACGGUCACAAACACAGCUCCUAGUGGAUCUAAAGCCGCCUUCGACGACCUAGAUGACGAAUUCGCGGACCUCGAGGAUGCUAAAGAAGGUUCAGCGGAUGAUGAGUUUGCCAACCUGUCUCGAUCAAAUCUUGAUGAUUUCAACCCUGUUUUUGAUAGUAGCCCGCCACCAAGUCAGCCUAAGAGCGAAUCGACGAAUGUCUCGAACACGUUUGGAAUCGAUAGUAGCUAUGAUUUCGGCACAGUUUCGUCUCCCUCGGGAGCUACGACUAGCGUCGGUCCAGCCACCAACAAUGCCAACGCCGGCUCCUUCUCUACCCAAGGCCCUGCUACACAAAACAAUCAGGAUUGGGAUGCCCUUUUCGCUAGCUUAGACUCUCCCAGCGAGGCACCCGCAAAACAGAGCAGUGAUGAGAACAAGAGUCCCGUUCAAAGUCAUAGCUCAGGUAGACCAAGCACUGUAGGACGAGCACUUAGCGACGAAGGAAAGCACGACGAUCCGAUUGUAAAGAACCUGACGGGCAUGGGUUACUCGAGGACAGAUGCGGUGAACGCGCUUGAGAAGUACGAUUACAAUCUCGAGCGGGUAAGUCGAGUUUUUUCUAGAGUGUAGAGCUAGAGCACUAAUCCACCAUCUAGGCCGCAAACCACCUAGCUAACCAGUCCUAAAUUCAGGUUUAGCAUACCACGAAACACAUCGAGAGACAAAAUGAAUGAUUCUUUGUUUUGAUACGGAAGAUACCUCACUUGUAUAGGCGCCGAAUUGGGGGGAGGGGGAUCUUUGGAAGUUUGCCAAAAUGAAGCCGAGUUGCGAGAUUCAACGAAGGAGUGUCGUGGAGAGGCCUAGCAGGUUGGAAGGGCCAAUGAUUAAUGUAUAGUUCUGUAUGUAAUCCUGUCGUGAAUACCUACUGCGCUGCC